AUGAUAUGGAUAUUACUGCUAUUACCAUUAGCUGCAACACAUAUCAGACUAACAUAUCCACCAACUCAUUAUUCAUUCUUGAAUUAUUCCAUCGAUAGCGGAAAAAAUCAGAAGCCAUGCGGUGCAUCUAAAGAUCCAAAAGGUAUUGUAACAUGGCUACGAUCCGGUGAAGAUGUUAAUAUAACUUGGUUUCAGUCAGUAUCUCAUAAUGGAAAUUUGAAGUUAGAGUUAUUGAACGAUAUGGGUCAAAUGAUUGCAGUCUUAUCACCAAUCACAACUGUUAACACCAAUAACAGAACUUUGAAAACAUCAGCAACAGUAAUGUUACCAAAAAAUUACGAGUGUUACAAUUGUGUGAUACGAAUUAUCCGGCAAGUUACUGAAAUCGGGAAAAAUUAUUCAUCCUAUUAUUCAUGCGCCGAUGUGAAUAUCGUUAACGAAAUCCCAGAUGGUGAUACAUGUCUGGGUAAUGGAAACAGGAAACACGGGAUAUGUGAAUGUGACUCGCAUUCAUCCGGUGACAAUUGCCAAUAUCACGAUGAAUGCACAGAUGACAGUGAUUGUAACAGUAAUGGAAAAUGUGUUCCAUUCUCGAAUGAUGCAUUAGCGAUGAAGCAGUGCUUCUGUCAACGAGGUUAUUUCGGGAGGAUGUGUCAACAUGUAUCGCAAAGCUUUACGGAUGAUUCGGAAUUUCUUCCAUCAUUAUAUCAUAUGCAUCAAGUUGGACACGAUAACGAUAAAAUUUAUUGGAGGAUAUUGCAGGAUGAAAUUGAAUUUGUAUUAAAAUUCAAAACUGAUUCUUGGAUUGGUAUUGGUUGGAAACCGAAAAGCUCCGAUGAGCACUGUCCUUCAUCGCAGAGCUUUGCAAGUUCAGAGGAGAAAUUUUCAGAGGAUUUGAUGACCACAUCAUCGUCAUGGUGGACAUCUCAAACGGCUGCUAAUAAACAAAGUAAAACUGUUACAAAUGAAGUGCUUCCUUCUGAAUCGAUCACCGAUAGCCAUCCUUCAGAUACUCAUAGUAUUAAAAUUAAAAAAAUUUGUGAUGAAAAUGAAGAAUUUUCUCAUUGUCCGGAAUUCACUCGCCAGUGUGAAGCAUCUUGCGAUUGGACAAAAUUUCCGGAAACAAUUCCAAAUUGUCCACGUAGUUGUGGUACGCCAAAAUGCGUCUGCAAAGAAGGCUUUGUCCGUUCAGCAAAUGAUAAUAAUACCUGUGUACCAUUCCACUUUUGCUCUGAUGAGGCUGAAAUAGAAUGUCCAAUUAAUUCAACUUGGGCAAAAUGUGGUAUUUCUUGUGAACCAACAUGUGAAAAUAUGUAUGAUACAUCGCCGUGUCCAGCAAGUUGUGAUGAACCAGCUUGUACAUGCGCUGAUAAUUAUGUUCGAUACAAGGGGAACUGCAUCUUUUGGGGAGAUUGUCCAAAUCUUGAGCAACAUCUUGCAUCCGAUUUCUUCACCUCAAUACCAGUGAAGACAGCUACAGAAGAAUCAGGUUCUGUUCAAGUGGAAUUUAAUCCUGCUGAUAUGGGUAAUCAGUCGAAAAUUGCAACCGUAGCAGCAAUAACAAUAAAUGCUGAAACCGGAACAGUAUCCGGUAGCUUAACUUGUGGCAUCAACGAAACAAUUAACGAAUGUGGUCGAGCCUGUGAAACAAGCUGUAACAAAAUGUACUCUCGGGAAAAAUGCACGCAUUGUUAUCAACCUGCAUGUGCAUGCAUUCAUGGUUAUGCACGAAUUGAUGAUCAAUGUAUUUAUUGGACUGAUUGCCCACGUGAAAAUCGUCGUUUAUCACAUGAUCGACAACAUAUUCCUUCAUCGAUGUUGCGAUCACAAAAAACAUCGGUUGCCAGUAUUGCAGAAUAUCCAAAUGGAACAGAAUUGGUGAAUUCAUCCCUCAAGUCGUCAAAUGAAAUACGUGAAUUGAAUUCGACGGAUAUUGAAACGGUUAUAAAUGAUGCAAACAUCGAAUCACAUAAUGUAUCAAACGCUCUAUUUGCGCCUUUAUUAGAAUCUGAUGUUGCCGGUGAUGUUUGUUACGGUGACUGGCGUUGGCCCCCCGAGUGUCGUGAUUGUGAUUAUCGCAUUUCGUGGAAUUAUUUGGAUGAUACUGAUGAGAUUGAAUUUUCGAUUGAAACACGUGCACCUUCAAAUUGGUGGACAGGUGUUGGUUUCUCGCCCACCGGAACAAUGGUAGAAGCUGACAUUAUUAUUGUAAAAAGUCGAAAUGGUGAAUUAUCACUGCAUGACAUGUAUAGCACUGAAUAUGGCGUGCCACGUGAAGACAGUGAACAAGACGUUUAUACGCCAACUGUAAUCGGAACACACGUUAAUGGUGUACUAAGGGUACAAUUUACCCGAAAACGUGAUACUGGCGAUCGAAAAGCUGACCAUCAUUUCUCAGAAACUAAUUGUUACAAAUUUUUAUUUCCGGUUUCUGGUGGACGAUUAGAGCCGAAUGGCCAACUAUCGAAGCAUAUUAGUAUACCACAUGUGUCAGAAAAUAAAAUUUGCAUACAAAGUUGUAUUACUCCACCAAAUCUUCAGGCUACAAGUUCAUGUGAAACCGAAUAUCGUUAUCCGGCUGGUUGUAGUGACACUGCAUGUGAUUAUAUUGCUAAAUGGGAAUACAGCAUGGCUAGGAAGGAUGUAAAAUUCGAAAUUUCGUCAAAAGAGUUGGGUCGUUGGACCGGAAUUGGUUUCUCACGAGAUGGGCAAAUGGCAAACUCGGAUGUAUAUACUGGUUGGGUGUUUGAUGGAAAAGCAUAUAUUACGGAUCGAUUUGCAUACGGUCGUCAACUGCCAGCAAUUGAUCCAGCUGAUCGGCAAGAUAUCUACGAAAUUGGUGGCAAAGCAGAAGAUGAUAUUCAGACAAUAACAUUUCGUCGAAAGGUACUACCAGCUGAUACAAUUACCGAUUUUCCGCUCAAUAUGUGCUACUAUUUCCUAUUCCCAGUUGGUGGUGGACGAGUUUUAGCACGAAAAAGUCAAGAUUUCGAGAAUGCCAAAGCACCGAUUGGUUAUCAUGAUCUUUAUCAGCCCAAAGUUUCGCGUACAAAAAUUUGCAUUUGUGAUCAGAAUGGCGUAUCAAUUGCUUCUGAUGAUGGGCCACCAGCAGUUCGGAAUCGUCGUCGAAUAAAUCAAAUAGGUAUGCCACCUCGUCUAAAACGACAGUCGCAAGAUCCGUUCGAGGUUCAAAUCGAUCCUUUUGCAGGAAUCGAUAAAGUGAAUGCAUCGACUCCGUCAGAAAUUGUGGAACUGAAGUCAAAAUCGGAGCAGGAGCGAUCGACUCAUCUUUCUAUCGAUGCAACUGUUCCUGUGGAUAUAUUUAAGCCGGAAUCUGAACGACGGGUCGCAUCCGUAACAAUAGAACCGAAGCCAAAACCAAAAUCGAUUCAACAGCAAUUGGAAAAAGAUAGAAACGGAGAAGUGGAACAUCCAAUGGAUUGUCUUGAUAUGGUGAUAGGAAUGAUAAUUGAUGACGUAUCACAAGUACGCGACUAUUAUUCCUUUUCACAUAUUAUGCCACAACCAGAUGAAUUUUUCGGUGGAAAGGAUUCAUUGACUUCAGCGGCUGCGUAUCAACAGGAUGGCAUCACUACGGUCGUUUUCCGGAAAUCUUUAAAAGCAUCCGAUCAAGCCGAUCGAACAAUAUCAUCAAAAGAAACUAUUGUAAUUUGGGAAAAAGGUGUGAAAUCUAGAGAAUCUAUUUCUCAGAGUGUUUUGGGAAAAACAACAACUUCAUUUUUGGACGGUGAGAUUAGUCGAGGACAAUUGGUUGUCAAUUUCUUCGAUGAUGAGCAAGAAGAACCGAAAGAACUACAAAAAUUAGGCCAUAAAAACGAAUGUUUCGGUAAUUAUGCAUAUCCGGUCAAUUGUACAGUUGAAAAAUGUACUUAUGCAAUAAGUUGGUGGAUUGAUGGGAAGAAAAUUUCAUUCUCAUUGGCUGCAGCAAUUCCAACAUAUCAUUGGAGUGGAAUAGGCUUUUCAUUUGAUGGAUCGAUGGCACAUUCUGAUAUUAUCGCUAUUAAUGUAUUGGAUGAAGGAAUGAUAAAAGUAUUGGAUAUGUUUUCACCAGGUUAUAGUAGACCAAAAAUUGAUAACGAACAAGACUUAUUUGAUAUUCGGACAUCAUAUAAUAAAGGUCGAGUGUAUGCUAAUUUUUCGCGUUAUUUGAUUUCAAAUGACGAAAAUGAUAUUUCCAUCGAUCAGUGUGUUUAUUUCUUAUAUCCAAUUAACGGAGGAAUGUUAGAUACGGAAACGAAUGAAAUGCUUAAACAUAAGGAAAUGCCAAUUUCAUCCGCAACAAAAAUUUGCCCAUCGUUAUGUGUCAAUAAUUUGGCAGCUAAAAAAAUGCCACAAAAUGAACCACUUCAUAAAUCAUCUAUCUUACCGGAAGAAUCGAUUACUGCUGAAAGUGUUACAUUUGAUGUAGUAAUGCGUAUUUUAAAUCGUGAGUGGAAUCCACAUCUUGACAAUCGAAAUACUCGAGAAUUCCAUCAGCUAGCUGCUGAAGUAAUCAAUGGGGUCAAUUCAAUGGUAAAAAUGGAAUAUCCACAGAUGAGAGUAAUUGAAAUUAAAAAAUUCAAGAAAGGUAGUAUAUUGGCCUUCAUGACGCUUUUCUCAGAGGAUGACCUUUCACCAAGUGAUCGUGAAGUGAAGGAAUACUUAAAUAAACAAGUUAAACUUCAACCACCGGAAGCAUUACAUUUCCAAGUAGCAUCAGUAAUCUUAAGAAAAGCAGAGAAAGAAUCAUCAGAUAAAUUAGAUAAAAUUCAAAAUUGGGUUGUUCUAAGUAUCGGCGUGUCGCUGCUUCUCAUUGCAACAUUUCUUGUUUGUUGUAUCGUUAGUCGUUCACGGAAGGUGCGAUCGGAUAAUUGCAACAACUACAAUGUACAUUAUCCAAUGAAUGGAUAUGGAUGCAAUAACAAUCUCACUGUUUCACCUCUGAAUAGCAAAAAGGGUGGUUUCGAGAAUGCAGCAUAUCAUGCAACACAUAGCAGACAAUUUUCGCAAGCAACAACAGCUUCUCAAAAUGGUACCAGUAAGGGAUCACCAAAUACUUUAGAAGAAAUCCCGAAGGGUGUCGGGGAAACUACCUAUCAAGAAUGGUUCUCCAAGGUUGCUUCAAAACCUAGUGCACAGCAACAUGAAGAGUUAUCAUCACCUUCCGUUCGACAUCCAGUUUCUCGGCGAUCUUUUAGUGGACCAUCUUAUAUAUCACAUGCUCAGGAUGCUAACAAUUUCUACGGUGAAAUGAGAUCCGGACCACCCGGAUAUUAUAGACCUUAUUAA